AGUUCAGUGGACUCGCGGCCGCCGCUGUGAACUAAUGGCUGAAUGAGGGCAAAUGGCAGUAUGGGGGUGGCUCAGCGCGUCGCGUCUGGUCUCAGUCAUGUAUCUCACAUCCUGGGCGUGUAUGUUGUGUGGCAGGGCUGCAACUCGCCGCUAAGAGAGAGAGAGAGAGAGAGACCCAGCUAGCUGUCUCGAUCCUCCGGAUGCCAGAAGUACGGUGCAGACAGACACAGCCGCCAACCUUGCAUUACUACCGUUCCAGGGCAGCAGCAGAGAGGCAGGCAGCCUGAAGAAGGGCAGCAAGACAAAGGCAGCCAGCCUGAAGGAAGGCCAGCAAGACAGAGGCCAGCAGCCUGAAGGAAGGCCAGCAAGACAGAGGGCCAGCAGCCUGAAGGAAGAGCAGCAAUAAAGAAGCGGGCAAACUGAAGGAAGGCCAGCAACAAAGAGGCAGCAAUCCUCAGACAUGGAUGACAAUGUUGAGGACUGUCCAGUGUGCUUCAUCACCUUUGAUGACACCCUCAGGCGACCACGCACUCUGCCAUGUGGCCAUACACUAUGCUCGCCGUGCAUUGACGGACUGAAGCAACAGGAUGCCGUCACGUGCCCCACCUGCCGGGCAAGUCACGCCGUGCCCGGGGCGGGCCAUUUCCCCAUCUCCUAUAUUACGGAGGACUUUAUCAGGGGACUGAGAGGACGGGCCUCUCUGCCAGCCGAGCCAGGGAAGCAGGCAGCUCCACCAGUGAGACGGCCUGCACCAAAGGCGACAACGGGACUCAGCAAGAGGGCACAGUCCCUACUGCAGGAGCAAGAGGCGACGGUCCUGGCUGCUAUCCGCUCCUGCCAGGAGGAGCAGAGCCAACUGGCAGAGUACCUGACGACCCUCGGUGGCUGGAGCAGUCGCCAGCAGCGGUUGCAAGACGAGCUGUGGGCGCUGGUGGACCAGAGCAAGAGUGCCCUGGAGGCGGUGCGCCGCGAGGAGUCCCGGGUAGAGGGCAGGCAGGAGGAGGUGUGGCAGAAGGAGCAGCAGCUGCACGCCGCGCUGCAGUCGCUGCGCACGGCCGCAACACGGCAGGAAGCUUACGAGGUCAUUGAGGACACAGACCAUCUGAUGGAGAAGGAUAGUCAGAGGACAGGGGAGUGCCUGGGAGUGUUUCCCGACGUCCACGCCGUCACCAUCGUCACCAGGGUGGCAUGUGCAUCGCGUGCAGCCCUGCAGGCCGCCACCACUGCCGCCGCUGCCACACAGGCAGCCCUGGAGGCAGCGGGCACUGCUGCUGCAACCUCGGGGGACUCCAGCUUCCCGGCAGCCUGGGCCGCGGCCUCCUCCAUCGCGGACAGGCUGCAGGCCCUGCUGGAGCCGCCCCUGACGGCUGAGGACCUGCACAGCCUGACACAGCGUGCCAGGGGCCUGGUGGAGGCUGGCCUUGUCUUCGCCGUCCAAGACGUGAAGGGACAGACUCGGCACGCAAGGAUCAGCCUUGAAGACGGCCGCCUGCACCUCCUCUCCCUGCAGGCCCAGGUCCCGCCCCCAGGCGCCGCCACCCUGCAGAUGGGGGAGGUGGUGCCGGCCGCUCCCCCCUGCAAGGUGUUCCUGGACAUGGCGUGGCCCGGCAGCGCGGCGCGGCGGGUGUUAGUGAGUCUACCCGUGGACACCCCCGUGGGCCGGCAGUUCAUGCUGCUGUGCUCGGGCCAGCGGGGCGCCUGCUACGCCAACACCAGGCUGCUUAAGGUGGUGGAUAAGGGACGGCCGGGGGAGUGUGUGCAGGGAGGAGACUACCAGACAGGUGAUGGGAGGGGAGGAGCCGCCCUGCUGCCACACCUUGACCAGGGUGAGUACUGGCAGUCAGGCAAGGCGGGGGCUGUGGUGUGGUGGGAGAAUGGUGACCCUGCCCGGGGUGCUCAGUUCAGAAUCACCACCCGGGACGUGCAGCGUGGUAGUGUUUGGCCUGGUGUCUUUGGCCAGGUGGUGCGGGGCCUGGAGGUGGUGCAGGAGGCAGCCCGGCACCGCCCCAUUACUGAGGUGACUGUGGUGCAGUGUGGCGUGGUGCUGUCACGGUAGUGCUGCACCACACCACACCACACCACUGCCAGUAUUAUUUUUUUUUUCAUUAUUUUUUUUAAGAGGAAAGGCACACACACACACACACACACACACACACACACACACACACACGCAGCUACAGCUGGAGAGUGUGCAGAAAAGGGCGUGCAGGAUCAUCCUUGGCCCUGCCUACACCACCUAUGAUGAAGCCCUGACCACCCUGAGUCUGUCCAGACUAUCCACCAGGCACCGAGAGGCUCUGAAAAAGUUUGCAAGGGGACUGCUGCAUCAUCCUCGUCUCAGACACAUGCUGCCGCCUGACGCGCCUCGUCCGGUCCGUACCACCAGACACCACAACAAGAUAACGCCCCUAAAGGCGCCGCGCACGGACCGGUACAGCGCGAUUCCCACCAAGGUGCGAGCCAUCAAUCAAUAGUAUUUCCCUUCUAGAUUAGACUUAGCUUUAGGAUAAAUGUUAAGUAUUUCCCCACCCCCUUUGUACAUUUUCAGUUUGUUAACUGCCUGAAGAAUAAACCGUUUAUUAUUAUUUGAGGGUGGUGGUUGUUGGUGUAAAUAUUGUCGGCAGAACACACCACUUCACACAUUGGUCCUUCACUAACAACACAAAAAAGUUUUCAGCGGCAAACACUUCUGUUAUCAAUGUUCACAUUACUGGUCCACACUGUCUCAUUUUGCUUCUCCUCAAUAAAAUUAUUGUACAAACACAAA